GAGAAACUAAAGUCCACAACAAACAGAAGUCUUUAACAGCAAGACCGACGGACAGGUGAAAAAACUAUGAGCGAGUCUCCCGUUUUAUUAAACAAACAUGAGGUCGAGCGUUUGCUCACUUAUGAUGAUCUGAUUCCCAGACUGGAGUCUGUCAUGGGAAAGUUUUCUAAACGGGACAGUUCAGAAAUAAUCCAGCCUGUGAGAUCUGUGGUCCCUAUACAACAACACAGUGGGUUUUUGGGCGUUAUGCCUGCAUAUUUGACCGCUGAGGGUAUUUUAUGCACUAAGAUGGUGGCAUUCUACCAGCGUGCAGAGGGAUCCAGUUUACCAUCAACUCAAGCAACUGUGUUACUCUUUCAUCCCGAGCAUGGGAAUGUGACAGCGAUCAUGGAUGGGGAGGCCAUCACAGCCAAACGAACUGCAGCAGUAUCAGCCAUAUCAGCUAAACUGUUCAAGCCAGCUCUUUCAGAAGUGUUGUGCAUCCUUGGUUCAGGGCAGCAGGCUAGAAGCCACUAUGAUGUCUUUACAAAGCUCUUCAAGUUCAAAGAGGUCCGUUUGUGGAGCAGAAGGAAAGAAAUGGCUCAACGGUUUGUUAAUGAUCUCCAAGAUCCUGUAACAGUUUGUUCUUCGGUGAAGGAGGCCGUGAUAGGAGCUGAUGUAAUAGUGACUGCCACAGGUGCAAGUCAGCCGAUACUCUUUGGCGAGUGGGUCAAACCAGGUGCACACAUAGCAGCGGUUGGCGCUUGUCGGCCAGACUGGAGGGAACUGGAUGAUGUCUUGAUGAGAGAGGCUGUGGUGUAUGUGGACAGCAGAGAGGGGGCGACAGCAGAGUCAGGAGACAUCAUUCUGUCUGGAGCUGAAGUAUUCGCAGAGCUCGGAGAAGUUAUAAAUGGAUCCUUUCCUGCUCAGCAUGAGAAGACUACAGUAUUCAAGUCACUGGGAAUGGGGAUACAAGAUGCUGUCUCAGCCAAACUUGUGCUGGAGAAGUGGAACAGUGAAUACUGAAGAACUAACCAGCACUGCUUCCUCUGCUGAUUUCACAAUCGUCUGGUCUGCCAUGGUGGUAGUGUCUUUACCCUGAUCAAUAAUUAUGAGGGAAAAAAACAAUGCUCUCACAAUUUACAGUUAAAAGAAAUAAUCAGUAAAGUACUUUGAGUCUGAAAAAA